AUGUCACAACAAGCUUGCACACCCCAUGCAAUCAACCAAAGAACAUUCGAUGCAUGCCAAACUCUACGAGUUUUGAACUCGACAAUCCACUGGAGUUAUUACCCAUCCAAAGGCACCGUCGACGUGGCCUUCUCACAAGCUGUAGUGAGCGACUCCAGAUGGGUUGCAUGGGCCAUAAACCCUACCUCAACUGGCAUGGUGGGCUCGCAAGCCAUCGUUGCUUUCAGAAGAACCGACGGAACCAUGAACAUUUACUCGUCGCCCAUUAAAAGUUAUGCAACUCGUUUGGAGCAAGGAAAUCUUAGCUUCCCUUUGUUUGAUGUCUCCGCCAUCUAUGAGAACAACCAGAUCGUCAUCUUCGCCACCAUAGGGCUUCCCAACAACGUCAGCGUCGUCAACCAUGUUUGGCAGCAAGGACCUUUGUCCGGAAACACACCGCAGAUGCACUCGGUUUCUGGACCAAACGUUCAGUCGUUUGGAACUCUGGAUUUUCUUUCUGGGAAAGUGGAAACAAUCAAGAGGGCCACAAGUUCUGUGUUCAAAGUGAAGAUUUCUCAUGGAAUUAUUAAUACCGUCAGUUGGGGCAUACUGAUGCCUGUUGGGGCUAUUGUGGCAAGGCAUUUCAAGGCAGCUGAUCCAGCAUGGUUUCAUGUUCAUAGGGCGUGUCAAAUGCUGGGAUAUUUUGGUGGGGUUGCUGGGUUCGCAACAGGAGUUUGGCUCGGCCAUAAAUCUUCAGGGAUUGAAUAUAAAGGGCACCGAUGCAUAGGCAUCACUCUUAUGGCUCUAGCUACCCUUCAGGUGCUUGUUGCUUUGUGCUUGAGGCCCAAGAAGACGGACAAGCGGAGGGUGUUUUGGAACUGGUUCCACUACCUGGUGGGUUACGGAACCAUCGUUCUCAGCAUUGUCAACAUCCUCAAGGGCUUUGAUAUACUGCAGCCUGGAAAAAUUUGGAAAAUUUCUUACCUUAUCACCAUCGUAGUGAUAGGUUGUGUUGCCAUAAUAUUAGAAGCCUGGAAAUGGCUUUCGCUUUGGAAAAGGAAGACGGCUCAAGCUGCAGAGGAGAAAAUGGAUAUGCCAAUCGAAGUUUGA